AUGGAGGAGGAAGUAGUGAAUGUGGAAGCAGAAAGCUUGAAACAGAGGAAGUCUUUCGAAGCUAAGAAGUGCAGUUCUCAAUCUACCAAGAUACCUACAACAAUGGUUCCUCAGUCCAAUAAGCAAACCUCUCAGCCCAACAGACCAACCUUACAGCCCAAGUCACAGCCCAACAAACCAACAAUGAAGACCAAUUCUGAGCCCAACAAACCAAAGAUGAAGCCCAUUUCUCAGCCCAAUAAACCAGUUCAUAUGCCUAUGAAGGCAAAAUCUCAACCCAAAAAAACAACAUCUCAGCCCAUGAAGCCUGACCCUCAGACCAAGAAGACCAGCUAUCAGGCCAAAUCAGUCCCACCUCAAUCAAAUGCAUCAUCACAAGCAGCUAAAAACUCACAAGGGAAUAAGAAUAAACAAAGUAGCAGUGGCUGCAUACUCACAAGAUCUGGAAGACAAGUAAAAGAAGCUCCCCUCCAGGAAGAUGACAGUGACUCUCAUGACUCUUAUGAAAGUGUUGAAGAUGAACUGUACAGGCUUCCCAAAGUUGUAGGAGACAACCUGUAUAGUAGUGACAGUGAUAGUGACUCUGGUAACAGAAAAAGAAGUGAAAAAAGGGACAGCAAGUCUGAAGUCAGAGAGAAGCACAAGCCCCCUAAGGCCAGAUUAGGUGAUAAAGAAAUAGACACUGAUGACUCUAACUAUGAGGGUUGA